ACUAAAGAAUGAGAAGAUCGUAUGCUUGCUGUAUUUUAAAGUAGCACUUCUCAGUGAACCGACUGUGAGCUGUUUUUAUCAUGCAUUUGAAGAUUUGCAUUUGUUAUUUACGUACCUGUCACGAUCAAAUGAAGCCGCGUGUUUGUGACGUGUGAAGGCCUCUGCCUUUUUUUCCACGCUGACUAGAUACACAAUUCGUGCGGCUCCGGAUCGCGGCGAGAUAUACACAAGUAUGGUGCUCUGUCAACAGCAGAAACGACACGCAUUGAUGACGGCCGGUAAUGAAGUCUGCAGUUAUGGUUGGGGAUUAUAGAGCGUUGACAGUUAACUCCUGUACAGAUUUCUAACGGGGCUGUAACAUUUCGUCUGGGGCCUGGUGCAGUCAGACCACUAACAUUAGAAUUGUCUCCACAGUUUCCAGGGAGAAAGAGUUGCUGCAAGGACAGUUUAAUUCUUAAUGGUCCCAUACCAACUGACUUAAUAGUGUGUUAGAUUUCCUGAAGUGGAAUGCUUGUUAGUGAGACCGUGCAGCUGAAAAGGAAAGAGGACCAUUUACAAUAGGUGUGCACAACCUAAGCGAAGAUACGUAGAGUGAAGCAGAAAAAAUACCGAAAAGGGGAAAAGGGUGAGUUGUAAAUUAAGGAUCAUUUCUAGUUCAACCGCAUUGCUGACUGCUUUUCACAAUUUGAAAAAAAAUUCGAACUAUAAGCUAAGAAAAGAUGCCUCGGCCAGGAAGAAACAGUUACAGCGAUCAAAAGCCGCCGUAUUCCUACAUUGCCCUCACUGCCAUGGCAAUACAGAGCUCUGCCGAGAAAAUGCUUCCUCUGAGCGAUAUCUACAAAUUCAUCAUGGACAAAUUCCCAUUUUAUCGGGAGAACACUCAAAGAUGGCAGAACUCCUUAAGACAUAAUUUGUCGUUCAAUGACUGCUUCAUCAAAAUCCCACGCCGGCCGGAUCGCCCGGGCAAGGGGAGUUACUGGGCUCUACAUCCAAUGUGCGGAGAUAUGUUCGAAAACGGGAGCUUUCUACGUAGGAGAAAGAGGUUCAAACUUCAGCUAAGGCAGCUAGCCGGGUUAGCUGCGCAGGCGGGGUCGGCCGAACAGGAACAAAUGAAGCAUCGAAUGGAGCAAGCCUUGUUUCUACCACACCACCCAAAAUAUGGAAUACAUCCCUACGCCGCGGCACACCUGGCACCUUUUCUAAACCAACCAAUGAAGCAUCCUUUCACCAUAGAGCACCUUAUGGCUCCAGAUUAUAAGCGACCAACUUUCAUGGCACCCCACACUUUACUUCCCCCGGGCAUCGCAAUCCCAAGGGCACUGGUGGCUCCUUUCGGACUGAGCCCAUCGAUAAAUACUUGCCCUUCUUGCGGCGAAAGUGGCAACGCUGGGAACAUGCUCUGCAACUCCUGUCGAGUUUCAGUCCACAAAGAGGGGCUUGCGUAUUCUGUUAAUCAGCUAAAUGAGGAGCUUCGACUUCUUAAGAGUCAAACUACUCCACGAGACGUCACAGGACCCUCGGUGCCCCUGCCGAUCAAGCCAACGCCAAUCUCUAGCUUUCCUCUUGCCAUUCUGCCGCCAAGAACGAGCGGGCUCGCGUUCUCGUCAACAGCUACGCCGAGAUCAGCGGAAGUGGCCUUGAAUCUGUCAACCCACUCACCACCGUCGUCAAAAGGUAGUAGAUAA